GUUACGCUAUGUAGUUCAGCAGAUUUUCGAAAAUCCUGACUGUAAAAUGGUUGGUGCGCCCCAUCUUUUGUCAUAUUUUAAGAAGACUCUUAGCUUGAGUUCUGGGAGUGUGGUUAGGUGUCUACAUCACGCGCGAAUCAGAGUAGCGAAUCCAGUUGUUGAUUUGGAUGGGGACGAAAUGACUCAUAUAAUCUGGGAUAAAAUCAAAUCCACUCUUAUAUUUCCGUUCGUGGACGUUGAGUGCAAAUAUUACGACUUGGGACUUCCCAAUCGUGACCGAACUAAUGAUCAAGUAACGAUUGAGGCAGCACAUGCUAUUAAACAAUAUAAUGUGGGGAUCAAGUGUGCGACCAUAACUCCUGAUGAAGAACGUGUAAAAGAGUUUAACUUAAAAAAGAUGUGGCUGUCUCCAAAUGGGACUAUUCGUAAUAUCCUUGGUGGUACUGUUUUCCGCGAACCUAUUUUAUGUGCAAACGUUCCUCGACUUGUUCCUGGAUGGACAAAACCGAUUGUGAUUGGCCGUCAUGCUCAUGGAGAUCAAUACAAAGCUACAGAUAUGGUCAUUAAAGAACAAGGUGUUUUGGAACUUGUAUUUACACCCAAAUCGUCUGGACUUGAAAAACGUGUGAAAGUUUUCGACUUCAACGGAGGUGGAAUAGGCCUUAGUAUGUACAAUACAGAUGAAAGUAUUUAUGGUUUUGCACGUAGCUGUUUCGAAUAUGCAUUAAAUAAAAAUUGGCCUUUAUAUUUGAGUACUAAGAACACUAUCUUGAAACAAUAUGAUGGUAGAUUCAAAGAUAUAUUUCAAGAGGUGUAUAGCCAGGAUUAUCAAAAGAAGUUUGAAAAUAAUAAAAUCUGGUAUGAACAUCGAUUAAUUGAUGAUAUGGUGGCACAAACACUUAAAUCAGAUGGCGGUUUUGUUUGGGCUUGUAAAAAUUAUGAUGGUGAUGUUCAAAGUGAUGUUAUUGCUCAGGGUAAUUUCAACCUUCUUAACUAUGAUUUUUAGAGUACAAGUUAUGGAUCAUUAGGUCUUAUGACAUCUGUAUUAAUGUGUCCUGAUGGAAAAACUAUUGAAUCUGAAGCAGCUCAUGGAACUGUUACACGUCAUUAUAGACAGCAUCAAAAAGGUCUUCCAACUAGUACAAAUCCAAUUGCUUCUAUAUUUGCAUGGACUAGGGGUUUGGAACAUAGAGGCAAAUUAGAUGGAAAUAAUCAGUUAAUUGAAUUUUGUCAUCAUCUAGAAAAAGCUUGUAUUGAUACUGUAGAAUCAGGUAGAAUGACAAAAGAUUUAGCUAUUUGUAUCUAUGGUAGUAAAAAUGUUAAAUUAGAACAUUAUUUAACAACGAUGGACUUCUUAGAUGCAAUUGUUGAUCGAUUUAAAAAACAAAUCAAUUUGAAAUAGUUUAUUGAUUUACUGGGUUUGUUUCCUUUCUACCCCCCUCCUUUCCUACUAAGUUUUAAUGACAAAAAUUGAUCAAUGUAAACAUUUCUUCUGUCAUGGUGAAUUUUUUGUUGUUGAUUGUUUAAUACUAUUGAUAAGUUUGUACUUCGUUAUUAUUAUUAUUAUUAUUUUUUUGUAAUUCAUAUCACAUAAAGAAUAUUUUCAUCAUCUCAAAA